AAUAAUAGUAUAUCAAAUCUCAAAAGAAAAAUAAAAAUUUUUUUAUUACGUUCCCUUAAACCUUUCUCAUUAAUAAGCAAUGUCUCCUAAUUGUAUUAAAAUUUUCUUCUUUGUCGAAAUAAUGACAUUUAAAAUUUCUUCAAAUUUUUAAGAUUUGUCACGCGGCAAACUUGAGAUUUGUAACAUGUUUCUUCAAACACGAGCUACUUUUUAAGGUUAAGUGCGUCUGGCAAACGUGACAGGUUAUUCUUCGAGAUUAUGCGACCUUAAAAAAGUCUUAGAUUUUAAUGUUUGUGUAAAUCGCGCAAUAUUGAAAAGUGUUGAAUGUAUUCUGGUAGUAAAAUGAAUACUAUUACGACGGAGGAAGAGAAAAAAAUAUUCCAAUUUUUAAAAUCCCACGGGUGUUGUUUAAGAUGUUGUUUUCGUUUCAUCGGCUACCGCGCGCCGAAAUAUUAUUUCAAUCCUUUUGAAUUUGCGGUACAGUUGAGUUAUGCCAAUACAAAAGAUGAAACCUCUUUGGAAGCACCUUGCAUCAUAUGUCUAGGAGUUCUUCAAGAUAAGGCACAAGAAAAUAUAGUCACAAAAAUAGCAAAAAAAGUAAACGAAGAAAAUUAUGAUUGUACAACAUUCACUUGUGCAUUAACUGUUCCUGUAUCAGUGAAGCUGAGAGAAUACAUAUUGUAUGCUUACAUGUCUAAGGAAGAAACUCUUGACAAAUCUGCCUUGAGUACUCUUAAAACAAAGUUACAAAAUGUCAAAGAUAUCUGGAAAUCAUUUAUGAUUCCUAAACUCGAAGAAAUUAUGUGCAAACGUGCAGACUUAUCGACACCAUCGCCUUUUCUAAUCGAGGUCUUUUUAACAUAUGCUGACAAUGAAACGAUAUUUAAAGAAUUAAUGAACAAAUAUAAAGGAGGCAAUAAUAAACAAAAAAAGAGGAAGUGCAGUGAUAACACAUUUAGCAGAAAAGAUAUUGAAACUAUGCUGAACGAGAUGACGGAUGAGCAACUUAUGCAACAAUUUACAAUUUCACAGAUUGUACCGGAAACAUUCGUUCAUAUUGAUAAUAUUUCAUGUUCUCACAAUAGCAUUUUCAUAGGAGGACGCUACAGCAAACUCUCUAGGAAACUCAGUCAGACACCAUGGUUCAUAAACGGUGAGAAGAAAGUGGAAACUUCGGUGCAAGAUCUGCUCUGCAAUCCCAUCGCGGAGAUUGUAAAAGCAGAAUCGAUAAAAUUUUUAUCGUCAGGAAGAGAAGACGUCGACGUUAGAAACAUACAUGAUGGCCGACCGUUUGCUGUCGAGCUACUGAAUCCCCGCAUGACGAAUAUUACGAGCGAGCUUUUGACGUAUCUAAUGGACAAUAUCAAUCAGUCGACUAAACAAGUUCAAAUAACAUCGAAUUUAAAAAUUCUUUCAAGGCUCGAUUUGAAGAAACUCAAGGAAGGUGAGAAUGUUAAAACAAAGUUCUAUCGAGCACUAUGUAUCUGCCGGAAUGUCAAUGGCGAUUUACCGCGAUUAGAGCAUUUGAACAAUCUGAAAAACAUUAAAAUCAUUCAGAAGACACCGUUGAGAGUGUUGCACAGACGGCCUUUGAGUCCACGGACGCGCGUUAUUUACGAGAUGCGGGCGCGUUGGGCGAAACCGCAUGAGCUGAAGGCACUGCACACUGCCGCCGAAAGUACUGACGUGUUUUUCAUUCUCGACGUUAAGACGCAAGCGGGUACGUACGUGAAGGAAUUCGUGCACGGAGAUUUUGGCAGAACUAAUCCGAGUCUAUGUAAUUUCAUCAAUGCCGAAGUGGACAUUGUCGCGCUAGAUGUCACUGGUAUUAAUUUAAUAUGGCCAUGACACAAGUUUAAUUCAAUAAAAUAUUCUACUUAAUUCUAUUAUACUUUAUUUUAAAGAAAAAAAGAUUACAAUAAAAACGUCACAGAUAAAAC